CUUUGGUGUAGAAGGUGAUAGUUCAUUAAUUUACUUGCACUUCACGAAUAUUGAACGUAGAUUGACUAAAGGGACUUUUAUUUUGCCUCUUGGAGCCUUUCGUGCAGUGACGUCAUAAGAGUUGCGCUGCAGCCUGCAGCUCGUUUGUCGGUUGAAAGAAGAUUGUGAAAGAAGAGGUGUUUGUGUGAGGUCUGUUCCUGUAGAUGCUGAAGUCACUAUCACACCAGUUCAUCUAUAAAUACUGUGAAGAAGUCAAACAAGCAGCUGCUGUCACAACACAUUCAACUACUCUACUAUUCUGAUCCACUGUUGUAAUGAUGGAGUGUGUUAAAGAGGAGACUGAUCCUGAAUCAUUCACAAUAACACCUGAAGAACAAAGAGGUCUAAUGGAAGUGAAAGAGGAAGGUCACCAACAAAAUGAAAAGAAGGAUGAACAUCAGCAUCACAAUUGCAAAAGUGAAGAAAAUUCUUUCAGUUGCUCACAGACUGAUGAGGAUUCACCUGAAGAAAGAGAAGAAGACAAAAUCUCUUUUACAUGCCAUCUUAAUGGUGAGACUUUUUCACAAAAAGAAUAUUCAAAUGUUCACACAAAGACUCACGCUGGAGUAAGGCCAUACGCCUGCCCUCAUUGUGAAAAGACUUACAAACGUAAAGACCACCUUAAGGAACAUUUAGUGAUUCACACUGGUAAGUGGCCUUUAACCUGUCCUCAUUGUGAUAAGGGUUUUUUACGAAAAAGACAUCUUGAUGAUCACAUAAAUACUCACACUGGAGAGAGGCCGUACACCUGCCCUCAGUGUGAUAAGGGUUUUUUACGAAAAAGACAACUUUAUGCUCACAUAAAGUCUCACACUGGAGAAAAGUCAUACGCCUGUCCACAGUGUGAAAAGACUCACACAUGUAAAAGAGAUCUUAGGGAACAUUUAGUUAUUCACACUGGUGAGUGGCCCUUCACCUGUCCUCAGUGUGAUAAGGGGUUUCUACAAAAAAGACAUCUUAAUGAUCACAUAAAGACUCACACUGAAGAAAGGCCAUACGCCUGUCCUCAUUGUGAAAAGACUUACACAUGUAAGCAGCAUCUUAAGGAUCAUAUAGUGACUCAUGCAAAUGAGAGACCAUUUGCAUGCUCUCAGUGUGAUAAGCGUUUUAAACUACUAGGAACUCUAAAUGUUCACAUAAAGUCUCACACUGAAGAAAGGCCAUACAGCUGCUCUCAUUGUGAAAAGACUUACAAAUGUAAAAACCACCUUAAGGAACAUUUAGUUAUUCACACUGGUGAGUGGCCCUUCAUCUGCUCUCAGUGUGAUAAGGGUUUUUUACGGAAAAAAAAUCUUGAUAAUCACAUAAAGUCUCACACAGGCGAUAGAGUUUUAUUGAGUCUGUGACGCUGAUAAAACAAAAGUGACUGUAUACUGGAGAGAAGCUGCGCCGCUGUCAUUCAUGUUGGAGAAGUUUUAGACGAUCACACAGCUGCAGACUCACAGAGAAAAGAGCUGACUGUAAAGAGUGAACAAAGAUCAACUUCAGUCUUCAGGUUCAAGCACAUGAUGUGAAAUGAAGAUAAACCUGACGAUUGAAUUACUCCAAAAUGUAUGAAUUUUAAUGCAUUACAUGAAGUGGUUAAUUUAUUCCUGUAGCUCAUCUUGUAGAGAAUUGUGUUAACAGUUCAAAAGGUCAUGUGUUCAAAUCCCAGGAACACCCAUAAUGAUGAAAUGUAUAUCUGUAAUGUAUUGUAACUUGCUUUUGAUAAAUGUGCCAAAUGCAUUAAAAGGUAAAUAUUG